UGUAUAUCUCCCCCUGAAUCUCAAAUUCUUUUUAAGUUGAAUCCAUCCAUCAAUUUCCGGCUCAAGCUAGAAGUGGUCUGAGUAUUUUAGAGACAUCAAAUUUGUCUGGAAUUUUGCAGGCUAAUCUCUUUCUCGUUUUUCUCUUUCAGUUUAAUUUAGAGAGAUCAAAUUAGUCCGGAACUUUGAUGAUUCGCUGAUUUUUUUCUAUUCAAAAAACUGGGUUCAUAUUGAUGAACACCGGCCGCUGAAGGAGAGCUCCUUUCACCGAUUGGAGACCUGUUAUCACAAGCAAUUGAAAAUUAUGAAGAGAGCUAAGGUUGACUUGGUCUUAUCCUUCAGCCGGAAGAAGUUCUUGCAGAUUUUGAUUUUUAUAGGAGUUGUGUAUCUAAUCAUGGUGGGUCUAGAGGUACCCUUCUUGUUCAGAAGUGGGUCGAGUGUGGUUUACCAGGAGCGGUUUGGGAAUGGGUACUUGAGUUCGAAUUCGAGGCCAGAGGUGCUCGACAGCGAAGAGAGUUUGGAAGAAAAAGAAGCUCCCAACCGGCCCCUGGAUGUUCCUUUUCGGGUUCCGUUUGAUUCAAGGCCGGAAAGAAGGAUCAAAGAGUUGCCGAAUCACCCACUUUCCAACUUGGUGCUUGACAAUUGCUACUCCAAUGUGAGCAGGGAACAUGGGUUUUCUGGGAUUCUGAAGUCCGUUGAGGAGGCUAUCAAACUGGGGAGGAGAGUGUGGGAGGAACUAGAGAAGCCUAGAGAAGAAACGGCUUCUGCGGAGAGUAGUAAUUACAAUAACAACAAAAACAAAGCACAGGAAUGCCCUUAUUCGAUUUCUAUGUCCGGGGCAGAUUUUAUGGCCAAAGGUAAAAUGAUGGUGUUGCCGUGUGGGCUGACCCUGGGGUCGCAGGUGACGGUUGUGGGGAGGCCGAAACGGGCUCACCCGGAGACUGACCCAAAAAUAUCAUUGCUGAAGGAAGGGCAGUUCUUAAUGGUCUCUCAGUUCAUGAUGGAGUUGCAAGGACUGAAGACGGUUGAUGGAGAAGACCCGCCAAGGAUUUUGCAUUUCAACCCAAGGUUGAAAGGGGAUUGGAGUGGGAAGCCUGUGAUUGAGCACAAUACUUGUUACAGGAUGCAGUGGGGAACCGCUCAACGAUGUGAUGGGUGGCGGUCUAAGGAUGAUGAGGAGACUGUUGAUGGGCAUGUAAAGUGUGAGAAGUGGGUUCGUGAUGAUGAUAAUAGUUCUGAACAGUCAAAGUCGACGUGGUGGUUAAACCGGCUAAUGGGACGAACGAAGAAGGUGACUGUUGACUGGCCAUUCCCAUUUUCAGAGGAAAAGCUGUUUGUGCUAACUCUUAGUGCCGGCUUGGAAGGCUAUCACGUUCAUGUUGAUGGAAGGCAUAUAACUUCAUUUCCAUACCAUGUUGGAUUCGCACCUGAGGAUGCUACCGGUUUAUGGUUGAAUGGUGACAUUGAUGUCCAUUCAGUCUUUGCCACUUCCUUGCCUAUAUCAAAUCCUAGUUUUGCUCCACAAAAGAAUCUCGAAAUGUCAAACAUAUUGAGGGCUCCACCUCUCCUUGAUCUACCUGUGGAACUAUUCAUAGGUGUUCUAUCUGCAGGCAACCAUUUUGCCGAGAGAAUGGCUAUUAGGAGGUCAUGGAUGCAGCAUAAGCUAAUCAAAUCUUCAAAUGCUGUCGCUAGAUUCUUCGUUGCACUGCAUCCUAGAAAGGAAGUGAAUUUGGAGCUAAGGAAAGAGGCUGAAUUUUUUCGUGAUAUUGUCAUAGUUCCAUACAUGGACAACUAUGACCUUGUUGUUCUGAAAACAGUUGCUAUCUGUGAGUUUGGGGUCCAUGCGGUAUCUGCUAAGAAUAUUAUGAAAUGUGAUGAUGACACGUUUGUGAGAUUAGACGCAGUCGUCAAGGAAAUACGUAAGAUACCUGAAGAUAAGAGCUUCUAUAUGGGUAAUAUCAAUUAUUACCAUAAGCCCCUGCGAAGCGGUAAAUGGGCAGUGACAUACGAGGAAUGGCCCGAGGAAGACUACCCGCCCUAUGCCAAUGGACCAGGGUACAUAGUUUCAUCUGAUAUCGCAAGCUCCAUAGUGUCCGAAUUUGAGGAACAUAAACUGAAGUUGUUCAAGAUGGAGGAUGUGAGCAUGGGGAUGUGGGUGGAGAAGUUCAAUAGCACGGCCGCGCCGGUGGAAUACGUGCACAGCUUGAAGUUCUCCCAGUCGGGGUGCAUUGACGAUUACUACUCGGCUCACUACCAGUCUCCCAGACAGAUGAUUUGCAUGUGGAACAAACUGCAACAAGGAAACCCUCAGUGCUGCAACAUGAGAUAACAGUUUUAGCUUAGGGGUGUUUCUCAAAAUCUUGUAAGAAAGAAAGUUUACUACAAGUCCUUCCCCCUAUCCCCUCUGUUUUUUUUUGCAGUUAUAGACACGUAGGCUUGUAAAUUUUCUAGUAGAACACAAAACAAAAACUCAUUUAGGUA